AUGGAAUACACAACAGUUUCGUGUGUCACGAAGAAAACAUCAUAUGAAGUCAUGUUUGGUCAGCCACCUAGCUCGGAUUCUGAAUUUUGGAAACUUGUUGAUCAAAAUAACAUUGAUGAUGAGGAUGAUUUACCAACACCAGUGUCUGAUAUGGAUGUUUGUCAAUACGGUAAACUACAGAAUGUAUUCUCAGUUGAGAAUCUAGUAGAUUUAAAAUCAGCCUGUCCACAAGAAUUAAAACAGCUUAAUGUUCAUGAAUUAAAAGAUAUUUCGUUUAUCGAAGCAUGCAAACUUCAUGUACGUGGGGCAGUAAGAGGAAGCACGUGUGAUUAUAAAUCAAAAUGUGCCACAAAGCACUGUCCGUGUAAAAAAGCUAAUGUCAUGUUCGACAAAAUGUCAUUCAAAGCGAGGAGGUUGUUAGAAUAUGGGAGAAUAGUGUGUCAUGUGUCUUAAAGUGUACAUAGUGUAAAAGUUUUUGAUUAAAAACAUGUUCUUCAAUACAAACUAAUUGUAAAUAUGAUGAUUUGCUUGCUGCUGUUAUGAAUAAGUAAACUUUUUGUGAAUUUGUUGUGGAUAAUAUGACUUUUCUUCUAUAAAAAAAACCCCAAAAAACCCUACUACUUCGACGAUCAUGCCACCUUUACGCGGUGAAGUGGAUAAGUAUUCUGUUCAGCAAAAUGAUUCAUUACCCAACAGGAGAAAAUAAGAGCAUGAUUUUAGCAUAUAUCAUCAAUUUCGUGACUUCGUUAGCCAUGAUCUCUGUUUUUCCCAUUUUAAUUCCAAUUUUGCCUGACUUAGUCAAACUUAGAAUUCUAAUUUUACCCAGUCAAACUUGGAAUUCUAAUUUUGCCUAGGCAAGUUCGGAAUUUGCAUGGAUUUCAAGUUUGCCUACAACAUAUAUGUAGAGCAUUUUCUCUAAUAAAUGUCCACAAUGCCAGUCUUAGUCUGCAUACUGCAGGAAGCGAUAAGCAUGAACUCACGUUAGAGUUAACUCGCGUAGUCGCGACAUAGUCUAUGAAUAUAUAUAUGCUUGAUUUCAAAAGUUUAAAUCAACUGUUUAUAGAUAUUUGUGUAGGAUUUCUCACACACUACCACUACAGCUGAAAAGUGUUCAUAGUUACUUUCUCCUGCACUUCUAUGUCAAAUAAGAAAAUUCCGUUUUACAAUAAGUAAACAGAUGACCCCAGAUUUAUGUAUUUUUACUGUAAGAAAAGCUUUCUAUGUCGCGAAACAUGCAAAAUCAUUGGUGUUAAAUCCAAUGUAUACCUGUUGUACAGAAGAAUAUCUGGUGUCCAUACUUUAGCACUAGGUAAAUUAAUUGAGGUUAUAUUUCCAAAGUCUGUCGGUGACCAUUGCAUAGUAUAAUCAUGCCAUGUCUAAGAAAAUUGCCAAAGAAAUAUAAAAGCGUUUCAACUAUCCUCCUGAACAUACCAAGACCAUCCAACCGCUGAUUACAAUGAUUUCGUUUUUUUCAUCCUAAAGUAUAUUUAAACUCAUCGUAAGUUACCGGUACAAUUGACAGUUUUUCUUGAUGGUUUUUAGAAGAUUUUAGGAAUUCUACUUAAGCGACUCGUUAUUCUAACGAGGGAACCUCUCCAGGUGUUAAAUCGCUUUUCGGUCGGGACCAUUGCCAUUCGACAGGUCCUAGUGAGCAGUGAAAACGUCUAUCUUGGUUUGGGUGCAUGGGCCUCUAGGACUGAGAUAUUGAAUUUUUAGUGAAUUUUUCCUGCAAGACCCCAGUUUUCCAGCAAAUUUAUAUUUUCUAAUUUUGACCUGAAACUUUGCCAACAGGAAGACCUCAGCUAAACUAGCUUCCAUAAAAACUUUCAAAACUUUUGAACAAAGUCUUUCUAAGACAUGAAUUUUUCAAGAUAUAGGUGCUUUUCCAUAGAUAGUGUAUAAAACAUGCAUCUUUUGGAAAAUUCAUAUCUCAGAAAGACUUUGUUCAAAAGUUUUGAAAGCUUUUAUGGAAGCUAGUUUAGCUGAGGUCUUCCUGUGGGCAAAGUUUCAGG